UUGUUGUUGCAGCUGCUGAAAAUCCCAGCUCGAUAGUCGAGAAGAGAAGAAGUCAGCUGACAAAGACUGACUGAAUUGCUGUCAAUUGAAGUUUUGGUUGUUGGGUAAACGUUCAGGGAAACAGAAAACCGAAAGUUUCGGAGUUUUCAGGGAUGAGCCUGCCCUUUCCUCCCAUAUCUUCACCCUCUGAGUAUCCUGGAUCCUGCCUGUGAAAAUGGACCGGACAGAGCCUGUGCUGCCCAGCGUCAACUCGUCCUAUCGUCCACCUUUGUACGACGAACAAAGCACAACUGAGGAUGAGGAGGGUGAAGACUGUAGUCCCGCUGCAACCCUUCUUCCUCAAGUUUCCUCCGCAGCUCUGGCUGUGCGCUACAGUCCAGAGGACGCGUACGGUCUGGUGUAUAUCAUCUUUUUUCUUAUGGGUAUCGGGUCCCUGCUGCCUUGGAACUUCUUCAUAACAGCGAAGUUCUACUGGCUCUACAAGCUUAGCAACAGUACUGACCACAGCGGACGGUCCAGUCUCAGUGACUACUUUGAAAGUUACCUGUCUAUUGCCUCAGCAGUUCCCUCUGUGCUGUGCCUGGUGCUUAACUAUUUUCUAAUUAACAGGUUGUCUCCAGAUGUUCGAAUCGUUUCAUCUCUUUUUGUGAUGCUGUUGGUGUUCGUGGUAACCACGGUGCUGGUGAAGGUCGACGUCUCAGAAUACAGGAUGGAGUUCUUCUCCGGCACACUUGCCUGUGUUGCCAUCGUCAGCGGAGCCUCCAACAUCUUCUGUGCCAGCAUGUUUGGGAUCAGUGGCUAUUUUCCCAUGAGGAUCUCUCAAGCCCUUAUAGCAGGCCAGGCCAUGGGGGGCACCCUGACUGCAUUAGCAUCAAUACUGACCCUAACUUUGGCUCAGGACGUGACCAACAACGCUCUGGGCUAUUUCCUGACAGCAGACAUCUUCAUCCUGCUGUGCAUCAUCUUGUAUUUGCUUUUGCCUAAGUUUGCAUAUUCAAGACACUACAUGCUGGCAGUGACCAGCGUCAGUCCGGGGACGCUCGGCGAGGACCACGCCACCGCAGGUGGAGUUCCUCCGCUGCAGCCUAUCAUUAAGAAGGCCGGGCUGCUUGGCUUUUGUGUCUUCUAUGUCUUCUCCGUCUCGAUCACAGUAUUCCCUGCUGUCUCCUCGGGGAUUCAGUCUGUAAACUUGGACAGCGGCAGCCCCUGGGCAACAACUUACUUUGUGCCUCUGACCAGUUUCCUCCUUUAUAACGUCGCGGACUUCUGUGGCAGGCAGGCAACAGCGUGGGUGCAGAUUCCUGGUCCUACUAGUCGAGUCCUGCCUGCUCUGGUGCUGUGUCGCUCCGUGCUGGUGCCACUUCUCAUGUUCUGUAACUACCAGCCUCGGGACCACCUUCAUACAGUGCUGUUCUCUAAUGAUGUGUACCCUGUGAUUUUUAACUGCCUGUUGGGCCUCUCCAAUGGAUACCUGGGCACGCUGCCAAUGAUCUAUGGACCAAAGGUGGUACCCCGGGAGCUGGCUGAAGCCACAGGGGUGGUCAUGUCAUUCUUUCUCACUUUGGGACUGGCUGUUGGAUCUGGUUUUUCUGUUCUUAUUGUGCACAGUAUCUGAACCAAAGUCAUAUAUAACUAUGUAGUGAAGGAAAACACUACAGCCUGUGCAAUCAAGAUUUUUAUUUUCACGGAACCAACAGGUGUCACCUUCUCUAUACCUCAUCUAGUUUCCGGUGAUGUUAGAACCCGUCUGUAAUUAAGGUCUGAAGCAUUACUUGUGCAGUUUUAUAUCACAGAAAGAAUACUCAGGAUAAAUGAAAUAGAUGAAAGUGUGGGGUACACACGUUUUAGAGGUUUUGAAUUUAUAUGAAUGCACAAUAAAAAACAUAUGGUGAAAGGUUUAAAAUAUAUGUAAAUGUUGAAUGUGUAACAUAAGUACAGUUUUGCUAAAGAUUAAAGCUGCUUUUGUAUAUUUUCUACAGCAAGCUUCUCUCAGUGGUUGGAAUGGAUCAGGUUUGUAGGCUUCUCUGCUCCACCCAUGUUUUCUAUGAUACUGAGAUCAGGGCUUUGUGAUGGCUACUCAAAAACAUUGUUCUGAAGCCACUUUGCUUGUUGGUAGCAUAACUUGGUUCAUUGUCUACUUAGUGAUCUCAUACAAGCUUCCCCCAAAUGUAAUGCUGGGCAUUAUGGGCAAACACUUCAAUUUUGGUUUCAUUAGACCACAAUUUCAAAAAUUAAGGUCAUUGUCCCUUGGUGUCUCUGCUUUUGGAGUAAUGACCUCUUCCUGGGUGGCCUUUCAGCCUAUGUAGGUAGAGUUCAUUUUACUGUGGAUAAUACCAGCUUCAUCAAAAGGUCUUUUGCUUUUUUCCUAGGAUCUAUUCACACCAAAAUUCACUCAUCUCUAGGACAAAGAAACCAUCCCGUUCCUGAACAGUACGAUCUCAUGCUGUUAAAUAGCCUUACAAAGCCAAGACAUCUGGGCUUUUAAACUGCUUGAAAGGCAUAGCAACCCUAAUGAAAAUCUAUUUUAAAGUAAUAAUUAUCAUUCUAGUAUUUAGCCAAUGGAAGGUUGUGGUUAUCUAAAUGGACCUUAAACAGGAAGGGAAACAAGAAGGUUACCUUUUCAUACAUUAUAAACUACAUUUCACCUUUUAAAAGCCUUGAAAUUGUCUCAACUGUACCAUCAGUCUUUGUACAUUUAGCAGAUUUCUGUCAUUUGUAACAAGUGGAUUCUGUGAUGUCCUUCAAUGAAUAUUUUCUAGAAAUAUUUACCUCACUGUACUCCUACUGCCAUUGCUGAGCAAGCUCUGCACUGGUGCAACACAAUUCUGUAGGAGGUAAUGAACCUGACACUUCAACGCUUUAAACCUUUUCAUCCAGAUGUUCAUAAUCACCACUUUAAUAUACUUGGCAUCCAUUUCAGAAUGAUGGCUGUAGGUCAUUCUUUAACCAUGUGAACUGAAGUUUGCCAAAGCAAAAACAAGCUUUUCUAAACAACAUUUCAAGUUUAUAAAAAUGUCACUGUCAAGACCUUCAACUAUGGACUGUCAAUUCUACAUUUCAAAAAUAAAUUUAAUGUUUGUAAAGUUUGUGCAAAGAGUGAUGAGCUAAAUUAAACUCGGAUACAAGAGUCA